UAAGUAAGUAAGUUAUUAAAAAAGCAAUCUAAUAAAAAAAUAAAUAACUAACUAACUAACUAACUCUAACUUGCUUACUAACGAAGUGACUUAAUUAGCUAAUCACUAAGUGAAAAGCGUAAAUCAACAAAAUAAUCAAUUUUUUCAAAAUUUCUUGCUUUAUCAAUCGAUAAAUUAAGUUUUUACUAUAAAUCAAGUGUCAAACUUGUGAUAUUCUUGCACUACGCUAUUCCUGUGCCUAAAUCUUUUGCACCCUAUGCACCAAUACUAUUAUCGCUUUAAAUAUAAGAAUAAAUAAUGAAUUAAGAAAAUAAAUUUGGAGGAGAAAGGAUUGUAAAAAAAGAUUGUUGCUUUUGUUAGUAUGUUCGUUUGUUUUUGAAGGAGUAAGUAACUCAGUAUGUAAUAAGUAAGUAAGUUAUUAAAAAAGCAAUCUAAUAAAAAAAUAAAUAACUAACUAACUAACUCUAACUUGCUUACUAACGAAGUGACUUAAUUAGCUAAUCACUAAGUGAAAAGC